GGUGGCAACGUCUUUUAAAAGCACACAAACACACACACUUGCUCAGUUUGUGUUGCGUUAAAUACAACUAACGACGUGGUACGAAUUGGGGAAUAAUGGCAAAUAAACCCAAUAAACAGAAUGAGGACACUAAUGAUUGGAAUCAGAGUGACGAGGACGACAACUGGGAUGACUGGGGAGAUGGCGAUGGCGACGACGAUGAUGAGAAAUUUGUGCAUGUAGAACAGCAGCAGCCUCAAAACAACGACGCAAAAACAACAGAAACAAAGUCGGAGAAUAUUGUGAAAGCUGCAACAACAACUGCAGCAGAGGCAGCGCCAGCGUCCUCCUCCGGCUGGGGCUUGUGGGGAGGCAAGCUGAGCUCAGUGCUGAGCACGGCCAGCGAGGGAUUGGGUAACAUAACGACACAAGUGAAUCAGGGGUUAAAUCAAAUAAUUGGUGUGCCCGAUCCGGAGGAACUGGCUCGCAUCAAUGCAGCUGAGGAGGCAGCCAAGUCCACAAGCUCUGAAAAACUGACGACGGAAUCUGCAGCUGAGGAACAGAAAGAGGAAGCUGCCGGAGGAGCUGCAUUUUCCCUGGGUAUUGUGACCACACUGGGAUCGAAAGUUCUCAACACUGGUCUGGAUACCUUAGAGGGCAUUGGCAAGAAAACCAUGACCAUAUUGCAGGACAAUGAUCCCAAGUUGAUGAACAAACGCAAAUUGCUUGGCCUCGAGGCAAAUAAACCAAAUCUAAGUGCUGUGCUCCUGGAGGCCAAAAAGGAUGCCGAUCAAAUGGAGCAAUCCUUGCAGCAGCUGCAAAUAGAGAAGCGAAAGGCGCAGCUGCGUUUCGAAGUGCUCUUCGAGAACUACUGCGGCCUGGUGCACUUCGAGGCACUCGAAAUCCUCUCCAAGGAGUCGCGUCUGAAGCUCGACACGCUGCUGGAUGCAGUCAGUGGCAAUGCACUAAGCGAACUCCAGGAGACAAUCAGUGAGGUGCAGGAGCUGCUUGAACUGGAGGAUCUGGAGUGCGACAGCGAGGGAGAAUACGAAGUUGAGGAGCUAAACGAACGUCUGCAGGCAACGAUUGCCGAUGCGGAAAUUGGCAUCAAGUUCGAUGAUGUGGCCAGCCACUGGUCAGCGUCCCUCAAAUGGCUGAGCUCCGAUGAGGCCAACACAUCGGAUCUGGAGGAAGCCUAUGCCAAGAGCAUUAAUGCUCUAAGCGAAGCCUGUGCCCUGGAAAUGUGCAAGCUACACAAAAUUGCGGAGCUGUUGCUGGUGAAGCCACAUCACAGCACGGCCAACGAGGUCGAUGGCAUUGUGCAGCUCUGCAAGCAAUUCAAUGGACACCUUCAGGGUCUGACCCAACGCUAUGCGGCCAUACUGAGUAGCAAGAGCUCCAAGGAAGAUGCAGCACAGCAGGAGGAAUGCAAGGCGAGGGUCAACACACUCUUUGCCGAAAUGUUAUCGGGCGCCAAGUACAUUGAGCAGGCCUAUAAACUCUUCACACCCAUCCUGCAAAUGGGCGCGGUUUAGGAAUCACUUAAUAUUCUUAAAUUGUAAAUGUUUUUUAUAUAAAUAUAAUUAUUAAAUGAAUUCUAAUCGA